AUGUCAGGAGAGGCUCGUGCUGCUUCAAAUUCCCGCCUGCGACAGUCGCUUUCUUCUACGCAACGUCAUUUGUACUUCAACCUUCGUUUGCUCAACACCAGCGAGCCAUUGAGCACUGGCGCCGCCCAGGUUCUCUCCUUGACCAUGGCUCGACUGACACCCUACGGUCUGCGCACCCCUCUGACGGCUCUGCGCGUCUCCAGGCCAGCCCCUCGGCCUCGAUUCUCUCUGCACCAGGCCGCGCUACGCUCUGCGUCCUCCGCCCCGACGACCGAAGCGACCUCGAUCUCCUCGUCUUCCUCUUCCACAUCCUCGAGCUCCCAGCAGCAGAACGAGAGCAAAGCGCCUCCCAGGCAAUCUGCAGUCGGCUUCGGCACGGUCGCCCUCUCCACCUCGCUCCUGGCCUCAGCCUAUCUUCUCUAUCUCUACGCAACCGACACCCGCGCCUCAUACCAACAAUGGCUCAUUCCACCUGUUCUGCGAGCUGUCUACCCCGACGCUGAGGAAGCCCACCACGUCGGCACCAAGGCCCUGAAGUUUCUCUACGAGCUGGGCUUGCACCCACGGGAACGGCCUACACGAGCUCCUGGGAUCGUCCCCGAGCCCAGCGACCUCGCCACUCAGGUGUUCGACGUCACGCUCGCGAACCCGAUAGGCAUAUCCGCAGGCCUGGACAAGGAUGCCGAGAUCCCUGACGUGCUGUUCGAGCUCGGCGCUGGCGUUGUGGAGGUUGGCGGCUGCACCCCGCGGCCACAGGAGGGGAACCCCAAGCCUCGCGUCUGGAGGGUGCCAAGCGUGGAGGGCAUGGUCAACCGGUACGGCCUGAACAGCAGGGGCGCGGACGCCAUGGCCGCGAGACUACGAGAACGCGUACGCAAGUUCGCCUUGUCCCUCGGUCUGACCGAGCGGGAGGUCCUCAACGGGGAGGGAACGGAUGUCCCUCCAGGCAGUCUGCUCCCUGGCAGGCUACUGUGCGUGCAGGUUGCGAAGCAGAAGGACACGGACGAGCGGGACGUUGAUGCCGUGGCGAGGGACUACGUCUACUGCGUGAAUCGGGUGGCUCCCUACGCUGAUGUACUGGUCGUCAACGUCUCCAGCCCCAACACCCCUGGGCUGAGGGACCUACAGGCUGCAGAACCUUUGGGAAGGAUAUUGAGCGCUGUUGUCCAGGAGGCCAGGAAGACAAACCGCAAGACCAAGCCGAAGGUCAUGGUCAAGGUCUCACCCGACGAGGAUGAAAGUGCGCAAAUGGCUGGCAUCGUGCAGGCUGUGUACAUGAGUGAUGUGGACGGUGUGAUCGUGGGCAACACGACCAAGCGGAGAACCGGGCUCGUUCCAGAGGGUGUCAGACUCACAUCCAGGGAGCAGCAGGCAUUGACAGAGACGGGUGGGUUCUCUGGCCCAUCCAUGUUUGAUCGCACGCUUGACUUGGUCGGAAAGUAUCGCAAGAUGUUGGACGCACAGUCUCUGCAGGCUGGUGAGGCGCAGAAUGCUGUCGCCGUCCCAGCUGUAGAGGGCACCGUGUCCGGCAAGGCAGAGAACUCAAAGCAGCCUUCGCAAAAGGUCAUCUUUGCUACAGGUGGCAUCAAGAACGGCGAGCAGGCACUCAAGGUCUUGAACGCAGGCGCCAGCGUGGCUAUGGUCUACACGGGCAUGGUAUACGGCGGAGCUGGUACAGUGACACGGAUGAAAGGGGAGAUGAGGUCGGCGUUGACAAAUGGUAAAGCGUGA